CAUUGGUUUGUUUUAGAUUCAAGAGUAAUCAUGUGACCAUUCCCUUCUCCAUGAGAUGGAGGAGACUGUUUAGCACUUAGCAAAGAAAACAGAGCAAGUUGAGCAAGUUUGUGCACAACUUGCUCAAGAUCAGCUUUGUGUUACAAUAGAAGAAGAUGAGGAGGAUACAAGGCCAUUGUGGAGCAUACAAAAGCUGUCAUGGAGAGCUCCUGUGAUGAUCAUGAUCAGGAAUGUCCUGUCGUAGCCGAUCACACCUUUCCACAUCCCACACCGAGCUUUAAAGAGACGAGCAUGAGUGAGGAGAUGCAAGAUGAUCUCAUUGAAGAAAUUGUUUGGAGACUUGAUCUCCAAUCCAUGCUGGAAGAAGAGGAACGAGAAAGGGUGAGGAAAGAAGUUGAAGAGGAUGACGAAAGAGAAGGAGCCGAAGUUCUUGAUUUUUUUAAGGGGAGAGACCACAUUCAAGAGAAGGAAGGGGGGGGGGGGGGGUUGAAGAUGCAAUCGGCGUCCAAGCUGAGGACAAAGUUGAGGUGGAAGAGGCUUACAAGUUGCACCGGCCAUGAGUUACAUGUGGUAUCUACACCAAACUUCAAGGAGCUACUUGGAAAGGACUCGUUUGCAGUGUCUCUUUGCCAGACCAAGGACACUUCAUCUUUGGUCCCUCUUGGUGGAUGUGAUGGCGGCCAAUCGAUGCUAUCAUAUCUGGUUUGGGGCUAUGAGAUAAGAGAAGAAACGAAGGAGAGCUCUCGCGUGUGGAGACUGUCUCUUCCUCGAGUGCCCAAGCCAUCUUUAUCACCUGUCAUACCACAUGCUCGUGACUUGAGACUUCACCUCAUCGAUGAGAACUUCAACUUCAAGAAGGUUUUGGGGUGGACCGAAACUUAGGAGCCAUAAUUCGGCUCAAGACAUAAAAGAAGCACUUGUCGAGAGGCAGCUCAACCAGUCGGUUUGCAUUUCUUUCCCUAUUUCUCUUUGAUUGAUUCAAUUUUGUGCUAUGAUUUUAGAGUCAAUAACUCAACCUUUGUGAGAUUUUGUGGUGCAAGUGUUUCGGCUACUCUCUCCUCCUGGAAUGCACCGCCUGCCCCCUCCACCAUCAUUCACACUUGAUCUGGUAACUUCAUUCUACCCUACUUAUCUUUCCUCCAUUGAGGACAAUGUCGUGCUUAAGUGUGUGUGUGUGGGGGGGGGGGGAGGGUGAGGGGAUAUUCCAUUACGUUUGCAUGUGAAUGUUUGGUUGUAUGUGUGUUCUUGGAGCCUAGUCCACUGUCCAAAUUUUAAGAUUUGAGGGCUCCAAGUAAUUGUCGAAUAAGAGUAGGCGUGGUUGUUAUGCACCGUGCAAAUCGACAAUAAAAAUGUUUCUUCAUCCAUGCAGCUCGAAGCUCCCACCAACAUCCGUCUCUAGCAUUCUUGCAUAUGACAUGAAAUUAUUUUUUGUUAGAAUAUUUGACAUUCCACUCAAAAUCCCGUCGCAUAGCUUCUUCUCUAAAAGCACCACCAAUAACAUCCUUGGUGGGAAAUGUCAUUCCCACCUCCGAAUCAGACGUAAGAUUCCAUACUAGCAUAAGGAGAAGGUUAGGAUCUUCGUUAUGAGCAUAUAAGGGAUGAUUAGGGAUAUUUGUGUAGUAUGGAGUAGGUGGCUCCUGGACACCACCCUCAUCAUCCAUAUCCUCUUCCUCACUCACAUAUCCCAAAUCUUCUUUGCUAUCCUCGUCGCGUCCGAAAGGAUAACUCGGCAUCUCAUAGUGGGAUGCUCGUGACCAUCACCGUCAACAUCAUCAUCUCGACUUUGUGCAGAUCGCAUGGAUGACUGAAUGGUAUUUUCAAUGUUAGACCAUUAUGGACCCCAGGUCGGCCAUUGAACACCAUCUGACUCAACAAAUGUGGCGGGCUCAAUAGAAGUAUCAUUUGGAGCAACAUAUCGCCCCAUGGUACCCCAUCUCCCACAUAACCGCCUACAUAACUACCUCCUUCAUAGUUUCUUGAAUAACCACCUCAUUCCUUCCCUCAUGCAAAACAUAUGUCGUUUAGGGAUUUUUAUGACAAUUGUAUUUGGGAAUUAUUUUAUAUAAAAACUCGUGCAUUUAGGGGGAAAAUAUCAACGUAAUAAUGGGGGAUGAUAAGUGGAUUCACCGCCAUUAUAUCUGUAACUGGCUCCACCAUGACCGAUAUCCUCGGUCUCAACAUACACCUUUACAAGUCCGGUCUUGUUUUCAGCGAGGAAGUUCACCAUCAUGUUAACCCCAUCAUCGUUAAAUAUGACAACUCCUUCGUACGUGACACCGCUCCACCGAUGUUUGGAUAUUGGUAAGAAAUUUUACAAACUCUUCGAUGGCCCACCAUACAAAUCCUGUAUGCACUAAUGUCAUAUAGUUCUUUCCCGUGAAUCUGAUUACUUACUGGAUUCACCAUCUUCAUAACCGACCCAUUUUGAGAGUUUGUUACCCAACCAUUCCACCAAAUAAGAAGAUAGAACUUUCAAAAUCUACCCAUGUCUGUAAUUUAAAAUAAAUAACGAUCACAUAC